UUACUGGUUCGACUUCGGGCGUUGCUAAUCGGCUUUUCGGUGCGCGGAAAGUCCAAUUCUCUAUAGAGAGAGAGAGCUCAGCUCGCGACCGUGCGCCCGACGGUGCAUUAAAACGACGCGCGCGGGAAAUUCGUCGGGGACGAGGAGAGAUAAAAUAAGGAAAAAGCUUCUCUAAAACAUUCAGCGAGCGCGAACCGACGCCCACGGACGUGCAUCGGACUUGCUUAUUACGGAAAUCCAGUUUGUUGGAAUGAGGCUUUGAAGUUUCUAUCGCUCGCCGACGAACCGUGCUCCACCUCCUUCCGCUGCCAUUCGUUUUUUGCACCCGGGGAGCCGAAGGAAAGAUGGGAGAACGGAAAACUGAGCGGCUUCGCAUUCAGACGUUAAGACGAUCCCGCUAUGGAAAAAUGACGGAAGUGUCCGCGCUACGUACGAUCGAGCGUCCCUUUGCUGCCAGAAGAUCCUUCUACAGCAUCAUUCAGUCGAGCGACUUCGACCGCGCAUCGUAAUAAGAAAUCGACAGUGACGAAAAUUAAAGUGACAGCUGGCCGAAUGACGCCAGCGAAUUUGAGUGCCGGUUGAGAAGAAAUCCGUCCUCUAGAGAUUAUAACUCACGCGUAACUCCAGUCAUGCGGCUGUGGCGAUUGAGUCUGCGAGAUUCGAGGACGCGCGUACGAAGAAAACCUUAUUAUGAAACUCCAUUUCUGCCGAAAAUCUCGCUCGAUUGUCGCUAGGUAUGAUAAUACGACGUGAUUUCACGCACGAUCGUGACGAACGCACAAAUGCCAAUGAACAGUGAUUGGAAUUGUAGCGAUUGUACGUCUGAAAGCAGAGAGAUAACAAAACCUUUGACAUGUUAUCGCGCGCCACGAACCGCGAGAUUAUCACCUAGAGCCAAUGAGGUCUUUCGUCCGCCGUUAAAUCGUCACUAGAAGUCAGUGGUGAAUGGGCAAAUGCGCUCGUACGGCGACAUAUCCGGCGAUAGACGCGAAACUAACGACGACAGGACUCGGUGACUAGGUAGGUAGGACAAAGAGUGGAGGAUGGAGAAGGACAACGUUAGACAUUACAGAGCUUACGAGGGCUUCAAGCCGGCGAACAACGGCAAUACCUCGUCCCUGAAAAGGUCGACGUCGGAACGCUCGAAGACGCAUCCGUCUCGGCAAGUGAGAUGUCUGUGCUUCGGCGGUGUGCCUGACAAAGCCAGCCAGCAUUCUUUCCUCAAGGGGUUUAUCAUAAACCUCGGGAUAUGCGCCCUCCUCGUGGCUUACACCCUGUUGGGCAGCUUCAUCUUCCUGGCCAUCGAGAGCGGGACCAUCGACGGCGUUGGCCUGCAGCAAAGGACUCUCGCCACGACGGUAGCCGGAAAUCACCACACCAGGAAGAAUACUAGCGCUUGGAUAAAACAGCUGAACCACGAGGCCCGGACGAAGACCGUGGAGAACAUAUGGAUAAUCACGGAGCAUUUGAACGUACUCUACCGUGAGAAUUGGACGAAGCUCGCCGACCAGGAGAUCGCGCGAUUUCAGGACCAACUAGUGAAAAGGAUCACGGAGGACAUGAUGGCGACCCAGAAUGCCGGCACGUACACCGGCAGCUCCGCCAGCAGCGAGACUGUAACGGAACGCCGCGCGCCCGAGUACGAAUGGAACUUUGCAAAGGCGUUCCUGUAUUCUCUGACAGUGCUCACCACAAUCGGUAAGUUUUCGACGCAAAUUAAUUAAUUGUAACAUCGCAUGCACAGCCAUUUCGCCUGCGCUUCAGUGCGACGAUGACACUUCAUCCCCCUCCCCCCUCCGUCGCGUUCUUGUAAACGUAAUGAGAGAUUCCAGCGAGCCACUUGACUAUGGCAAAACGCGAUAUCAUAUGUCAACGACGGAAGCUGUAGAAAUUACGUCCCUCUCUCUUUUUUUUUUUACUUGCGCGCAUUGAAAUUCUCUGAAUGUGUUUUUAAUGUAACAGAAAGGGGGGACACGCGAUAUCGAAUUUAGAACUUGCACGAACGAAAACCUCCGUGGCUUGAGACGCAAAAAUUAAUCCCGCUAACUCGGUAUAAUAGUAACUGGAAACGUAUAAUUCGUAAAUCGCAAUAUAGCUGCGGCAAUCGCAGUAAUGGCAUGAUAAACAACGGCAUACAAUCAGUAUCAGCAAGCAUACGCGUCGAAACUACAAAGUGCGCAGAUGAUGUUUGCCCCCCUACUUGAAUUUGUGCGAUCUCCCAUCUGCGCAAGCAAUGCAGUACAUGUGUGCGAAGGCAUAAGUUUACACGAAAGGAGUGUCUGCGCAGCGGAAUAUCUGUACGUAAUUAGUAGGCGAGGGGGGAAAACAGAGAGACGAGCGCCGGAAAGACAUUGGCGCGCAGACGGAUAAUUAGUUGAAUCAAAUACUAGCUCGCAAUUAGCCCGCGACAUUAAAGGAAUAAUGCCGGCGCUAAUGGCACUGAUAUAGUAUAUUUCUCAGCAGUUACGCCGAACAGUUUUUAUUUAAAUAAUUUAUUUAAAUAAUUUAUGAACUCGAACUUUCUACUCUACGAACGAACCGGGGGAUUCAAUAUUUCUGGUUAAACCACUUGCAAAUUUAGUUUUUCCUCGCUCGAUCGGUUUUUCUUUAUCCGCAAAGGAAGACGCGAUCAAGGAGUUUUAUUGGAAUUUCGUAAAAACCCAAUUGCAUCACAAAUCACGGAUGAACCAAAAGAAAUACUCCGUAAUCAAACGAGCUCUCCUCGCCGAGGCAAAGUGGCAUUGAUCGAGACGUAUUUUCCGCGACUUGAAAUUCGUCGUUUACGAAACGAAAGUAGAAAGCAAAGAUAAUAAUAUGGCGGGCAUCAAUUUUUGGGGCAAACAGAGUGCGACGUUAACGCGUAAUGGCAUCGCGACGCGAAUGCAAAUCUGUUGUCCCGGCUCGGAGAUAUCGGUUUCCUUCAUUCCGCGACAAUUUCAUUGCUUCCGACUUGGUGGCACUGGAAGCGAGUGACGUCACGUCCAGUCGUUUACUCUAGUUAUUACUGAAACAGAUUGGUACUUCAUGAGUCGGUGGAUAUUUAAAAAAGAGAAAGGAAGUAAUGGCCGGGGAUAUCGAACGGACUUAUCGAAUUAUCGAUACGAUAUAUACGCUCAUACUUUUUUUAAUGCCCUUUACUACUUCAGUGGAUUUUCUCGAGAUGGUCUUCUCGAGAUAUCAUCUGGUACGUGUACCAUUUGCUACGUUCGAGUUCAUUUCUCAGAUGAUUUGUUUCUCUUACUUCACACGAGUUGUGUUCUGUCUGAGAGUGAACAAUUUUCAAAUAGUCUAAUAAACAUAUUAUAGAUAUGUUUAUUAAUAAACACCAAAUAAAAUAUUAUACGUUUGUAUAUAUUAUUACUGUAAUAUUUGUAAAAUAUAUUUUUCAUAAUACAGAAUGUAAUUAAAAUAUUCCUGGUUAUCAUUAACUGUAAUUUUCGCAACAUAUUUAUGCAACGAAAAUAUUGCGCGGGGAAUAUUUUAUCUAGACUAAUCUAGAAUCUGAAAACGAUCAUUGAAUACAGCUUUUAUUUUAGUUUAUAUUUUAUGCAGCUCUUUCGCCUCAUAUCUGCUGAUUGUACCAUUUCAAAUUCCCUUUAGAUUUUACGUUUACCUUGUGUAUACCUACGGAAAGCAUUCAAUGGCUGCGGACGACCCUUUUUACCGGGACAGUUUAAUCAUAUGCCGGUCGGGUUCUCGGAAAUUAAUAUUUCGUAACCCACGUAACGCGACCGUGCUUGUGUUUAUAGACGGAGGGCGAUUGAUCGUCAACCUCGAAAUACGUGAAGUCCCGAGGGCCGCAUGACACGGCAUUCGCAAUUUUCGCUGGCGGUUGUAUAUAAAGCGGGCGUAAUACGCGCAUCCGCACGCGGAGAUGUAAUCGCGGCGAGGGAACACGCGCGCGUGUCCCAUGAAUUUUAAUAUAAAUUUUAGCGCGCGCGUUUUUCGUGUCUAUCGUGCCUGCACGGCGAAUGGGGCGCCGGCAAAUCGGGAUUGGCCCUCGUCGUUACGAGGACGAUCGGUUAUACAGUUAUUACUUUGCGUGCGCGGGUAAUUUUGAAAAUCAUAUUAUUUCUGAUAUCAGAACCGAGCAAUCCAUUCAAUCUUGCUCGGGUAUCUCGAGGUGUUUCCUAUUACAAUUUGUUGCACAACUGUGACCUCGCGCAACACAAUACCGGCGGCGACUUCCUACGCCACCAUCGUCAGCAACGGGAUCGAUAGUCUCCCAACAGGAAAACGGCAUAGAAAAUUAAUCUGUUCCGGCAAAGUUCCCUACCAUCUUGCCCUAAACUCUGACCGUUUCUACUUUGUCGUGGCAUUGUUCUAAAUAAAACAUUCGUCCUACUAUCGCUCCGUUUUUUUUUCUUUUUGGUUCACAAAUGCACAAUUGCCCGUUGUUGAUUGUGGCUUUCUUUUUUCCCUUUUCCAUCAUCGUACAGUGGUUAAUUACGAAAAGUAUCCCGGUACUUUUUAUCGGCUUGUCCGAGUACGAAAAUAUUGUUCUGCGAGUCAACUACGUGCCGGCAGUCAAAAAACUUCCUACCAGCAUAAUACUAAGCGGAUGCUAUCGUUCGUAACUUUCCGCGGGCAAAAAGCAAGCAGACGUAUCAGCCGGAGUAAUGAGAGGAAAACUUUUUUGUCGCUACAUAUACGUUUCCGUGCGUAUUCAGCUACGAGCCGUAAAAUCAACUUAAAUGAAGUUUUAAUUGGCGUAUAUGAUCAAAAUAGAGCUUUGGUAAACUAAUUAACAUUUUUGUAUAUUUUGUUCAAAGCCAAUUGGAAUUUUGUAUGUGAUCUAUGUGCGGUUUAAUUAUCUCUUCUAAACAAACCGCUUAUAAUAUUAACUUGAUAGGAAAAAUUCCAAAGUAAUUUCCAAAUCUUAUUUGUGUUUAUUGAUGACAAAGAAUUUUAUUUAUGGUAGUAGAAGCUAGUGAGACUAUAUCAGUCUCUAGACGUCAUCCAUAUCUAAAGAUUUCUUGUGACUCUCGCUAAAAUCUCCUUUUUUUAAGGCUUGAUACAGAGAGCCUGAACUUUAACUUCAGGUUUUUUUUUAAUUUGACAUAGCUCCAGAUACUUUGGUUUAUGCAGCCUUAAUUUCUUAGGUCCGAUACAGUCCCAGAUUUUUUUACCGCAGCUUUCGGGAAAUAUAUGCAGGGUAGCUUGGUAAAAAUACUUUUGAUAGUUUGCUUUCCGAGAGGCAGCAAUCAAUUAAAAAAGAUAUGUUCUGAAUGUAUGUAAAUUUUUGGUACAGAGAACAGACGCACAACUGUCUAAACAACGAUCACCACUUUUUUAUUUUACUACAGGUUUUAUCUGUAAAAAGCAGAUUUUUUAUGAGCAUUUGUUUCGUGUUGGAAGAGAAAAGGGGAAAUUUUAGCAAAACACCAAUGUUCUAGCGAGAAUGUGCAAACACAUCAUGGAGAUGAGUAAACAACUCUCGGCAUGUGCACGAAGCUCUUUUAGGACAACACUUUCUCCAUUAAUUUUUCUUAUUUGAUUCGUUUACCGUUUAAAUUACGAUUGAAUUUCUUGACGCGAAAUUUUUACUAACGUUUAUCGAUCUUAAAGAAUUGGAUAAAGAUUUGAAGGCAGGAAAAGAAGUAACAUUAUUGGUCAUUGGCUCUUGAAAAUCAGAUUAAAGUGAUUUAAUAGAAGUUAUAAACUAAAGUGCACAAAGUUUCCAGGUAGAAAAUUGGAAACCGGAAAGCAAUUAUAUGGCUACGUGUUUCAUGUCUCAUUGGUUUUUUAUGGCAAUAAUUGAAAAUAAAAUAUUUUUGUGUUAUUGAUUAAAACAAUGCGUCGUUACGUUUUAAUAUUUCGAAAAAUACUACCCUAACAAAAUUACAACGAAAAUUUACUAAAAGUCGAUUUUGUAUUGAAACCGCAUCAUGCCUCUAUAACUGAAGACACGAAUGCGUGGAAAAUUGAUUUUUUAAAAGAACUUUUGUCAAAGUAUUAAUAUUACAAAGUACUAAUUUUAUUUAUUUUUUAUACCUUAACACCCAAGGGACCACUUUGACGCACAUGUAACAAAGAAUAUAUUAAAAUAGAACAGAAUAGCAACUGAAUAAAUCGAGCGUGUCAUUAAAGUUGUUCCCUGAUCUUACCGUAAAUGAUUUUACAAAUGAAUGCCGUUCAGACCAAUUCACAAUAUUUUGUACCAUAAAAAGAAUAAUGGAAUCGUAAGAAAAAGUAAAAAGAAUCAUUUAUUUCGAAUUCGCUUUAGCAGGAUGUUCACGAAAGGCAUAACUGCUCUGCGGAGGCAACAAAGUUUGCGCGGGUAUUCAAUGUUUUAGAACCUUAACUCUCUUUGAUUUUAUAUUCUUCGGGGCUGCGUUAGACUCCUAGUAGGGCUCGUUCGCUUUUCUACUUUAUCCGCCCGUACACUUCUCGCUACGACUCUAUCCUGCCUCAGUGGCGCAUAAUCCAGUUUACGUAUCGCGAGAGACGAAUCAUCCGUUUGCAUUUCACGAUAUGAGGUCGCAUGAAUAUUUGGCCGCCUCCCUUUCCGCGGGCAAAAGUUACGUAUUCAGAAAAUAGUUCGCGAGCACCGCCGCGACUGGACGGGCACCAAGAAGUUAACAUCGCGCUCUCCAGGAACUGGACUCUAUCCUCUAAAGAUGCUCCUCGCUUCAUCUACUUAUGCAUCCUAAUCCGCGAUAUCCUCAAUAUGAAUUUACGUAUAGCCGUGUCCUCCUGGCGCAUCGCUUCCGGGUUGCGACGAUGCUUGUCAUUUAUGGCAAAUCGAUUCUUAUUGUGAAAGCGGGAAUACGAAUGUAGGAAAGCGUGUGUGUUUGCCUACUUCGAGUCGAAUCUCUCCGAGAGGUAUUUCCCAUUGAUAUAUUAUUCGGAUCAGCUGUAUGAAAUGAAAUUUUAAAACGAAGUAAGAUUGUGUAUGUGCGUCUUAUACAUAAAUGAAUAUCUCACCUUCUUGUUGCGCAAAGAUACGUGUUUGUGCAGAGAUAUAAAAACGAAUUUCUAUUUCUCUCUCUCUCUCUUUUUUUUAGGAGAUUUACACCGUGCUUUCAGCUGAGGCAAUAUAUAUGAGAGUUCCAUUAAUCAUCUCGAAUGAUUACUUUCGCGGCAUUCGCCGAUGUUUUCACAUUGCGCACACCACGAUGGCACAUGUACUCGCUGUGCAUCCGCACAGGAGACAUUAAGUUUCAUAUCAUAAUGACACGAUGCUGUCUGUGUUGCCAGUUUUAUGCCUUCUUAGUGUCUUCUUCUCAUCCACCGCCUCUUUAUCUUACCAUUUGGAAUAGUCGUAACUUUGGGUGGGACCGGGAAGAGCAGACGCGAUUUUGCGACCGUCUUAAUGACGGUGGAAUGAAGGAGGUGGUGAAUUUUAAUCAGAAGAUCCCUGUCGCCCUAAUGGAUUGCCAGGCGCGAAGGGACGCCGACUAAUCACAAUUUGCCGCUCGUUUCGGUGGCGCUGCCCACCCAAUUGGCACAGUUUGUUCCGUUUAUAGUCUAAGCUCGAAUUAAUUUUACAUCGUAUCAUUUUUAUUUUGUUCAUUAUCUUUUGACCAUUAUGGUCAGCCGAUUAUCAAAGCUGGAUAAAAGUAAUAAAGUCGGAAACAUUAUUAUCUUUCGCGUGUUUUAAUUUUAGCAAAGUAUAGUUUUUUUUUAUAUUUUCAUAAAUAUUAUAUUAUAAAUAAAUUAAUCGUUUUGCACGUCUCACUAUUUAUUUUCCCUGGUAUUAUUUUGCCGUGUUACAUUAAAAUGUAAGAGAUUCGCACUUCUCACAAAUUUGCUUGGAAAAGUUUUCUUUCCAUUGAACGAAAACAAAUGUAUUAUAUUAUAGGAAUAU